ACUGAAGAGCCAGGUCAAAGCUGAUCGAGUGAUUUGCUACGAAAUAUUGCAACGCCAUGCCAAUGCGGCGGAGAUCGCCCCUGCGAGAAAACGAUCCAUGCCAAUUGAGAUGGUACACAUAGAUCACACACCUGAAGGAGGACGAUUCAGGAUCAAACAUCAUCUGACUAGAGAUGAGAUAUCUGAAUACUCAAGUGACAAGUGGAGGUGGAGGAUCAUCAACAUCUGGCGUCCACUCUGCACAGAAGUCAAAGACAUGCCACUUGCAAUUCUUGACCCGAAAUCCGUCGACCCACAGGACAUCCUAGAAACUGAUCAAGUUGGACCGCAAUAUGCUGGGGAAACAAGUUAUGUGCUAUUCAGUCCCAAUCAACGUUGGUAUUGGCUUCGAAACCAGACAUGCGAAGAAGUGACUCUCUUCACUUGCUUUGAUAGCCACGCGAAGCAUCCAUACUCCAACAGCUGUCCACACGCGUCGUUCAAAGAUGAGACUGCGCCAAAGAACUGUCCACCAAGAGAAAGUGUAGAGUUAAGAUGCAUUGUCCUAUCGAAAAUCUAAUAUUCU